AUGACGUUUGAUACAGAACUUGAUACUACAAUACCAAAAGAUAUUUGGGUCUUUGGUUAUGGUUCUUUGAUUUGGAAACCUCCUAUACAUUAUGAAGCCAAAGUCAUAGGAUAUAUUAAGAAUUAUGUUCGUCGGUUUUGGCAGCAUGGACAUGAUAAUGUUACUUGGGGUGUUGCAUUUAAAAUCCCAUCAACAGAUGUAGAAGCAACUCGUGCAUAUCUUGAUCAUCGAGAAAAGGCUAUGGUUUAUAUUGCAACAACGAAUAAUGAAGCUUAUGUUGGACCAGCACCUAUGGAAAAAAUUGCCCAACAAAUAUAUGAAACAUAUGGACCUUCUGGAUGGAAUGCAGAAUAUUUGUUAAAUUUAGCCGUCGCUCUUCGAGAAAUAUCACCUGAAGCUAAAGAUGAUCAUUUGUUUGAAUUGGAACGUCGUGUUAAACACUUGAUCAACUCCAAUCCUCAAUCUUAG